UAACUCGACACAACCACCUGAAGGACUUCAUGCUGGUGGUGUCCAUCGUCAUCGGCGUGGGUGGCUGCUGGUUUGCCUACAUCCAGAAUCGCUAUUCAAAGGAGCACAUGAAGAAGAUGAUGAAAGACCUUGAGGGACUUCACAGAGCUGAACAGUCUCUCCAUGACCUUCAAGAAAGGCUGCAGAAGGCUCAGGAGGAGCAUCGCUCUGUGGAGGUAGAAAAGGUGCACCUGGAGAAGAAACUGCAAGAUGAGAUCAGCAUUGCCAAGCAGGAGGCACACCGGCUCCGAGAACUGCGGGAGGGCACAGAGAACGAGCUGAGCAGGCAGAAAUACGCUGAGCAAGAACUGGAGCAGGUGCGGAUGGCUCUCAAGAACGCCGAGAAGGAGCUGGAGUCCCACUGCAGCUGGGCUGCACCCGAGGCCCUGCAGAAGUGGCUCCAGCUGACCCACGAGGUGGAGGUCCAGUACUACAACAUCAAGAAACAGAACGCGGAGAAGCAGCUGCUGGUGGCCAAGGAAGGGGCUGAAAAAAUUAAAAAGAAGCGAAACACCCUGUUUGGAACAUUUCAUGUUGCUCACAGCUCAUCUCUAGAUGAUGUUGAUCAUAAAAUCUUAACUGCAAAGCAAGCGCUGAGCGAAGUGACGGCUGCGCUGCGGGAGCGCCUGCAUCGCUGGCAGCAGAUAGAGCUGCUCUGCGGCUUCCAGAUUGUCAACAACCCAGGCAUCCACACCCUGGCAUCGGCCCUGAACAUUGACCCCAGCUGGAUGGGCACCCCACGGCCUAACCCCUCGCACUUCAUCAUGACUGAUGAUGUGGACGAUUUGGACGAAGAGAUCGUGUCGCCCAUGUCCAUACAAUCUCCUGCCUUGCCCACCACAGUUCGCCAGCGCCUGGUGGACCCACAGCACGCCCACGGAUCUCAGAGGUUGGUAGAGAGUUAUGUGCAAGGCCAGAAUGAGUCGGGCCAACCUGCCCAUUACCGGGCAGGCAGAGUCUCUCUCCGUCGAAUGCACAGCCUCUCCUCUGGACAGUCUUUCAGUUCCGACCUUCCCGGCACCAGCCCAUCAUCUGCUGCCACCACCACCUCUUCCGCCUCUUGCUCCUCAUCCACCAUCGCUGCAUCUGCUCCUGCUUGCCAUGUCCACCCUACCUAUUACCAUCACACCACCUCCUCUUAUUUCCUUCAGAUGGACUCCAUCCCUGAUCUGCCCCCUCCUGAUGUCACCUCUGGAGUUCGCUGUCGCACUGAGAGCUUUGGUUCAGGGGCGUUGCAGGCGCUCGGUGCGGAGGUGUCGGCGCUGAAGCAGGCGGUGGAACGGCUGUAA